CGAGUUGGUGCUGGCCAUGGAAAGGAUGAGCCUUAAGAGAAGGUGGAGAUAAGGCACAGAAGUGAUGAAGCUGAAAAUCACAAUCUUGGCAUGCAUACCUACGGCCAAUGCCAAACUCCUUGCAACCUGAACAGGUGGCUGGGGUGAUGUUGGGAACUCUAUGUAGGUUGGAGUGGGAGAUGGCUGGUUACCACCCUUGGUCUUUGCAGCUGAGGAAUGAGCAGAGACAGCUGAGAGUGGAGCUUGUGCCAACGAGAACGAAGAGGAAAAAUGUUCGACACCAGGCCAUUGGUGGCCACAUUGCUCGCUUUCACCCUUGUCAUGCUCAUCUGGAAUCUCCAACCUUACUACGAUACCAUCCUUAAUUCCCCUGCAUCUCCCAGUCCCACUUCGUCUAAACUCUCCAUUACCGACCCUAACAAACGAACCUUCCAUACCUACGGCAAUGCCGCCUCUCUCUUCGUUCAGAUGGGAGCCUAUCGCGGCGGUCCCACUACUUUCUCCAUCGUGGGUCUAGCUUCCAAGCCCCUUCACGUCUUUGGCCGCCCCAGGUAUAAAUGCAAGUGGAUCAAUGGCAAUGACAAUGCCAACUCCUCUAAGAACCUCAAGGCCAAGGCCUAUAAGAUCCUCCCCGACUGGGGCUACGGCCGUGUUUACACUGUGGUUGUUGUCAACUGCACAUUUGCUGUGAAUCCUAACGUUGAUAAUAAGGGAGGGAAGCUCAUUCUCUAUGCUUACUACGGUGAGUCACCCAAGAGAUACGAGAAAAUCACAGCAUUGGAGGAAGCACCGGGGUCUUACAACGAGUCCAAGUUCAAUCCGCCAUAUCCGUAUGAGUAUCUGUAUUGCGGUUCCUCCUUGUAUGGGAAUUUGAGUGCCUCUAGGAUGAGGGAGUGGAUGGCCUAUCACGCCUGGUUUUUCGGGCCCAGCUCCCAUUUCGUGUUGUACGACGCCAGCGGGGUUUCGCCGGAGGUAAGGGCGGUGCUGGAGCCGUGGGUACGGGCUGGUAGGGUCACGCUUCAGGACAUAAGGGAUCAGUCCGAGUUCGAUGGCUACUAUUACAACCAGUUUUUGGUGGUGAAUGAUUGCCUCCAUCGCUACCGACACGCUGCCAAUUGGACCUUCUACUUUGAUGUGGACGAGUACAUCUAUCUUCCUGAUGGAAACACUACACUACAAUCUGUAUUAAGAGAAUUCUCUAACAAUACUCAGUUUACCAUUGAGCAAAAUGCCAUGUCCAGUAUACUCUGCUUGAACGAUUCCUCUCAGGACUAUUCCAGGCAGUGGGGUUUUGAGAAGUUACUAUUCAGGGACUCGAGAAGUAAGAUUAGGAGAGAUCGGAAAUAUGCCAUACAAGCAAAAAAUGCGUAUGCAACAGGGGUACACAUGUCGGAAAAUGUAGUAGGAGGGACAUUGCACCAGACAGAAACCAAGAUCCGCUACUAUCAUUAUCACAACUCCAUCACGGUACAGGAGGAACUCUGUCGUGAGUUUUUACCCAUAUCCGCUAAGCAUAACAUAACCUGGUUCGAUAAGCUACCAUAUGAAUACGAUGACAACAUGAAGAAACUCACCCAAACCAUCAAGGAUUUUGAGCGAAAUACUAUUAACGCAGCUCCUGAGCAUACCAACAACUCAUAGGAUCAGUACAUCAUAUUUAGUUAUACAUUUCACCCUAACAUUGAUUUAUUAAAUCAUUCUACCCGAUUAUAUAGAAUUUUACUCACCUAAAUGAAGAGAAGGAAUAACGUAACCUUGAAUUGGUGAAAAAAGUGGUAGUGUAGUAGAGCUCAUGUUUUCCUCUUUAAUUUGUAGUGUGCCCUACUCUUAAUUCUUGGCAACUCCUGUGGGGCUCACCACUCUUUACUUCUGCUGGCUCUAUUUAGUUAAUAUCAAAUCAUUCAAUUGCCAAAUAAGGGAGAGAGAGAUGAGGGUCCCCACCAGGAUUUGUCUGUAAAUGGUAAUUGUUAGUACAUUUUCUUACGUAUAUGACUAAUCACUUCUUCCUUUUUCAUUUUCAUUCC